UUUCCACCUAGAGUCAUAGUUAGUCAUUUUAGUAGGUGUCGAUACUAUUAUGUUGUAGCAUAUGUGAUGCAUCGGUGUCUCUUACGUCAUUUUUAUUUUUACUGCAGUAAGAGUCAGUCCCUCGUUACUAAUCUAAAGUCAUUGUUUCUCAAAUUUAAGAGCGCUUUAGAAACGGCUGAUGGCCUCUGUUGUAAGCUGACCACACCGUGCCCUAAAAGGACACCUACUAGACCGGAUCUAAGUCAUGAAACUCAGAAGAACUGGGAAAUACCGCGCAGUCAGUUGCAGUUCGGGUACAAAUUAGGCCAGGGCAAUUUCGGCGAAGUGUGGUACGGAAAGUGGAAAGCGGUCGUUGAUGUUGCCAUUAAAACACUCAAGCAGGGUGCCAUGUCUCGCCAGGCGUUUCUUGAAGAAGCUGCUAUAAUGAAGCAGUGCGACCACCCGAACUUAGUCAAGCUUUAUGCUGUGUGUACAAAAGAAGAGCCGGUGUGCAUCGUCACCGAGUACAUGUCGAACGGUAGUCUUCUGGAAUACUUAAGAGCUGGCGACGGCAAGCAUUUGCAGUUAAACGCUCUGGUUGACAUGUGUGCACAGAUCGCGAAUGGUAUGGCGUACCUGGAAGAGCAUCAUAUGGUCCAUCGUGACUUAGCCGCCCGUAACAUUUUGGUCGGUGAUAAAAUUGCAGGCGUUCCUACCGUGAAGGUUGCCGACUUUGGUCUAGCGCGCGUCAUCCAAGACGAUGAGUAUAACGCCCGGACAGGCGCCAAAUUUCCUAUAAAAUGGACUGCUCCCGAAGCGGCGCUGUACGGCACGUUCACCAUCAAGUCUGACGUGUGGUCUUACGGGAUACUGCUUUAUGAGAUUAUCACGAAAGGCCAGACACCUUAUCCAGGUAUGCAAAAUAGAGAAGUUAUUGAACAAGUUGAGAGAGGAUAUCGAAUGCCUCGUCCACGAGACUGUUCCCAGCCGAUGUAUGAGAUGAUGAUCCAGUGUUGGGAUGCUACGCCUGAUAACAGACCUACUUUUGAAUAUCUGUUUCACUUUUUCGAUGAUUAUUUCGUUUCUGUACAACCUUCAUACGUACCUAGCGACAGUUAA